AUGUCAGACUUUGAAAUUGAUGAUAAAAAGGUUACAGACGAAGAAAUCUUUCUUAGACUUGUAGCAAAGAAGCAAAAUGAUGGAUUACGUAUUGUUUUGAUUGGUCCACCAGGCUCUGGAAAGGGUACUCAAGCACCAAUCAUCAAAGAAGACUAUAGCGUAUGCCACCUCUCAACUGGUGAUCUUUUGCGUGCUGCCAUCGAACAAGGCACUGAACUUGGCAAGCAAGCCAAGGUUAUCAUCGAUCAAGGUGGUCUCGUACCAGAUGAAACUAUGAUCGGUAUGAUCAAAGAGAACCUUCAAAACCCAGAAUGUGGAAAGGGUUUCAUCCUUGAUGGUUUCCCAAGAACUGUUGGACAAGCUGAAAAGCUCGAUAAAAUGUUAGAUGAUCAAGGACAAAAGAUUGAUCAUGUAUUUGACUUUUUCAUUGAUGAUUCAUUAUUGGUUCGUAGAAUUACUGGUCGUCUCGUUCAUCUCGCCUCUGGACGUAGUUAUCAUCGUGAAUUCUUCCCACCAAAGGUUGACAUGAUUGAUGAUGUUACCGGUGAGCCACUCAUACAACGAUCAGAUGACAAUCCAGCUGUCUUGCAAAAGCGUUUGGCAUCAUUCCACUCCAACACCAAGCCUGUUCUCUCUUACUACAAAGAAAAGAACAUUCUUUCUGUAAUCGACGCUUCUAGAUCAGCUACUCAUGUAUCAAACCACAUCAAAUCAAUCUUCUUUAAUUCUCUUCACUUCCCAUCCAACAAAUUCCCAAUCGUUGUAGACAAAUCUAAAAUCUUACCUUUUAUCCAAAUCCUCCAACAAAAACAACAACAAUCCGCAAAACUCUAA